CUCCAUAAACUAUCCUCCCGUAUUUUUCUAUACCAAAACGCUCCAUGUCCUAUCAAAGCUUUGGUGCCACCAACAUAACCAAUGGUGUCACAACUGCGGACUGCCAAAAGCAAGUCCGUUCAUGGAGGCUUUUUAAGUCUCUAAUAGAACUUCUAAUUCCAAAUUGUAACUGUACUUCCAUAGAAGAACAACAACAAAAGCCCACGAAAAAAGAAUUUGUAGAACACUUUCAGAAUUACUACAAUUAUACUUAUAAUCCAAACCCAAAUUUCACUGCAUCUUCUACAAUCACAGGCACUUUUUUUGGCUUUCGCCGCGGAAAAGCUAGUUUCUGCAUUCAAACAGACUCCAAAUCUGUAAACCCAAUUUUCCUUCUUGAAUUUGCAGUACCUACUACUAUUCUAGCCAAAGAAAUGCAAGGUGGGAUUUUACGUAUAGCAUUAGAGUGUAGUAAUUAUGGGUAUAAUAAUGUAAAUUAUGAUUAUUCUUCCUGUUGUCUUUUGUCUAUGCCGUUAUGGAAUAUGUAUUGUAAUGGAAGAAAAGCUGGGUAUGCAGUUAAACGCAGGCCAUCAAAAGUUGAUAGAGAAGCAUUAAGGUUAAUGGGUUCAGUUGUUGUGGGUGCUGGAAUCAUUAGUGGAAAAGAGCUUGAUAGAGAUGACGAGCUUAUGUAUCUUAGGGCUAAUUUUGCUAGAGUUUCUGGUUCUUCUGAAGCUGAAUCUUUCCAUUUGAUUGACCCUGAUGGAGGUAUAGGUCAAGAGCUUAGUAUCUUCUUUUUUCGCUCAAGAUGAACUUUUAUUCUCUCUUCUCCUUCUUCUUCUUCUUCUUCUUCUUCUUCUUUUCUGGUACAUCGGAAGUCAGUUCCUAGGAUUCGAAUCCAAAACCUACCAGAAUUUUGACUUCAUUCUUAACCAUUUGCCUCUAAAAUUUGUCCGAAACUUUGCCUUCCCAAUAUAAAGUUUUGGCGAUUUCUAAUUGUAUCGAAAACUUAAAUUUUAGAGUUGUCAGAAUCUUGCUCUUUUUUGCUUUUGGUACUUCAGAAGGAUUUGAUACCUCUGAUGAUAAAAGCUUGAUCGCUAUAAGGUUUAAUGACACAGGUACAUUAAGUCUU